ACCUCUUUAUACAUUUGAUAAUUGAAAUUGAUGUCAUCAAUAACAUGUCAGCUAUAGAUCGUGUAAGAAUAAUAGUUUUAGGAGAUUCCGGUGUUGGAAAAACAUCUUUCGUUCAUUUGCUUACUCAAAACGAAGCUGUCCGAGCUCCGGGUUGGACCGUGGGAUGUUCCGUAGAAGUUAAAUUGCAUGAAUACAAAGAAGGCACUCCAGAACAAACGUCUUAUUUUAUCGAAUUUUGGGAUGUAGGCGGUAGUAGAAAUCACAGAAACACUCGUCACGUAUUCUAUUAUCCUUGCCAUGGAAUAAUAUUAGUUCAUGAUUUAACUAAUCGAAAAUCCGAAUUAAAUUUAAGAAAAUGGUUACAAGAAUUGUUAAGUAGCGAUACUAAAAGCGCUUUUGGAAAUAGUUUUGAUGAUUUGGACGCUGAAAAUUUUUUGGGUUCCAUACAUAUUCCACUUUUAAUUAUAGGAACUAAGUUGGAUUUAGUUGAAGAUAAUCCAUCAAGUCGAAGAAGCAAACUUGCAUCUCAAUUUAAUGCAGAAGAAAUUGUUUUAGAUUGUAGACAAAGUAGAUUUUUAGCUGCUGGUACUUCGAAUGCUGUUAAAUUAUCUAGGUUUUAUGAUCGUGUUAUUGAACAAAGUUAUCAUGGUAAAGACAGAUCUUAUGGUGAUAAAUAUAGCUAUUCCAUUCAAGGACUGCCAUCAAAGUUUUAUACUCCAAUACAUCAAGAUUAAAAAAUAGACUUAUCAUUAAACAGUUUUUUUAUAUUGUAUAUUUAAGAGAAUUGAUAUAAGAUG